GUGAAGCAGACAACAGGGCCCACCCUCUCCUUCUCCUCCACACUCUCGCACACACUUCUCGACUCCUCUGAUCUCUCCACUCGGAGUCCAGCAGAAUGGCGACCAACUCCGCCCCCAUCAUUCCCGCCGCUCCCCACCUCUAUCGCUUGCGCGGCCGCCUCCUCCUCCCCCAUGCCCGACGUGGAGCCGGGCAGCGUGUCGUCGUCGUCCGCGCGGUCUCCGGGGAUGGGGGCCGAGGCGGGGGGCCGUCGUACCUGGACAUGUGGAAGAAGGCGGUGAAUCGUGAGAGACGCUCGGCGGAGCUUGCGUACAGGCUGCAGGCGUCUCCGCCGCCUGCCGAGGCGGAGGGCCCCCAGCAGGCGGACGUGGAGCGGAGGACGGCGCGGUUCGAGGAGAUGCUGCGGGUGCCGCGGGAGGAGCGCGACCGCGUGCAGCGCACCCAGGUCAUCGACCGCGCCGCCGCCGCUCUCGCCGCCGCGCGCGCUGUACUCAAGGAACCGCCGCAGUCCUCGCCAACGCCGCAGCCGCAGAAGGUGGCGGCGGCCACCAGAGUGACAGGGUCGGGCGACGUUUUUGGUUCGCGCAAGGCUGCAAAGGGGCCUGAGGAUCAGGGCUCCGGGCAGGGGAGCGUACCGGCGGCGUCGCAGUCGGCAAAAGUGACAAACUCUGGGGAUUCAUAUCCUUCCAAGCUUGGUACUCCUGGUCCGGAUUUCUGGUCGUGGUUACCACCCGUAGACACCAGCAGUGAACCGAGAGAAAACAAUAUUGUUUUGAAACCAUCAAAGAAAGUGGAUUCCUUCUCCAGUCAGCCUGAGAUGUUAAUGGAAAAGGAACGGUCAGCAGACUUCUUAUCCCUUCCGUUCGUGACCUCCUUCUUUGAGAAGAAGGAAGAUCGAUCUCUCCCUCCCUUCCAGUCAUUUGCAGAGCCUGAGAAUGUAGAUUCCGGGGCCAUGCCUGUUGCUGAUGCAGAGGAAGCAUUUGAAACGCAGUUCUCAAAUAAUGCAGCUGAGGCGGCUAGAGCUCUCAGUACAAGUGAUGAUAAGUUGUCCCAUGGGAUAGACCCAGAUGGUUCAAAGUGGUGGAAGGAGACCGGUGUAGAACAGAGGCCUGAUGGUGUUGUUUGUAAGUGGACUGUAAUCAGGGGAGUAAGUCCUGAUGGUUCUGUUGAAUUCGAAGACAAGUACUGGGAGGCUUCAGACCGGUUUGAUCAUAAAGAAUUAGGUUCCGAGAAGUCCGGUCGUGAUGCUAGGGGCAAUGUUUGGCGGGAAUACUGGAAGGAGUCCAUGUGGCAGGAUUUCACAUCUGGUCUUAUGCAUAUGGAGAAGAGCGCAGACAAGUGGGGAAAGAAUGGCAAAGGGGAGCAGUGGCAAGAGAAAUGGUGGGAGCAGUAUGAUUCAAGCGGUAAAGCUGAAAAAUCGGCUGAUAAAUGGUGCAGCUUGGAUCCAAACACUACGUUGGAUGUUGGGCAUGCUCAUGUUUGGCAUGAAAGGUGGGGCGAGACGUAUGAUGGCAGCGGAGGCAGCGUGAAAUACACGGACAAAUGGGCCGAGCGGUCAGAGGGCGACGGGUGGUCGAAAUGGGGUGACAAGUGGGAUGAGCAUUUCGACCGUAACGGCCACGGCGUGAAGCAGGGGGAGACCUGGUGGGAAGGCAAAUACGGGGACCGGUGGAACCGCACCUGGGGCGAGGGCCACAACGGCUCCGGUUGGGUGCACAAGUACGGGAGGAGCAGUAGCGGUGAGCACUGGGACACUCACGAGCAGCAGAAGACGUGGUACCAGCGCUACCCGCAUUUCGGCUUCCACCACUGCUUCGAGAACUCGGUGAAACUAUUGUCCGUGCCCAGGCAGCCUCCAAAGAAUUUCAAGCCUGGGAAAAGAGUAGAUGCUCCUUAACUAGGAACAUCUCAUCUGCAGUCACAAUCUGCAUUUCCAAGGAAAAGCUAUUCAUAAUCUCCGAGAUAAAUUCAUUCAUCCGUGAUCACUGGACUCGUCCCCAAUAUUCACGCUGGUCAUUGGACACAUGAAUACCUAGAUUAUGGUCAUGGAACUCGCAUUAGUUUUUAUUUUCAAAGAGGGGAAUACCCUCGGGGUUUCUGCAUCGAGUGUGCACACAACAAUAUAUUAUUAAUUAUUAGCAAUUAUGUC